UAGAUUGAACUUACAUUAUCACCCAUGUACUUUAUGUAUCGACGAACCUCCAUGAUUUCUUUACAAUUGAUGAGUUCUUACGUUAUAAGCAUCAUGUUAUCUACCUCUUCGUUGUUCACCAGCGAAGUCCUUCCAUCUGUUCCCUUCACUUCCACUUUCAGCUUGUCUCACCGCAUGGAGCGGAGUUUCAAACGCUGGUUCAUCAGUCCACCGGUUUGCAGGAACAAAGCCUGUCAGAAUCACAAUCAUGGCACCAACUCCACCACGCCCAAAGCUAGCAGGGUUUAGUUGGACGCAUUACAUAACAGAAGACAACGUCAUACUUGGCCGAUCACCAACGGACAGUGACAAUAAGCCAAAAGAUGCUCGCCACAUCAGCUUUGGAACGUCAAAAGCUAUAUCGCGCAAACACGCAGAGAUCAAGCAUAAUCCACACAGCAAUCGAUGGGAACUGCUUGUAUAUGGAAGAAAUGGCGUAAAACUAAAUGGUUUAUAUAAGAAACCCCCUUGCAAACCCGUUUCGUUGGAUACAGGAGCGUUACUCGACAUUGAUGGAAAUCAGUUUGUAUUCGUUUUACCAGUCACCAGCUCUGGAAUCAAUGGAUCGACCCAUCAUCAAGUGGAUCACACACCGAGCCGAAUACUUCAAGCGGAAGAAACAAUCGAAUCGCUGAUAGUAGACGCAAUUGAAUCAACGACCUCGGAUGUUACUGUCAACGACAUCAUGUUCUAUGUCAAGAAUCAGCACAAAGCCGAAUUGCGGUCUCCCAUCACCUUGGAAAAGGUGACCAAAAUUCUCUUAAGCAACAGCCAGUUCCAACUCGCAUCGGGUUGCUUUGACAGCACCAGCCCCGAUGCGGUAUGGACAAUUGUCAGUGAUCGAGAUCCUGUAGAUUUCCUGGAUAGUCAAGAUCCACCUUCUCGACCUCUACUUAGAAGAGAAGCAUCCUUUCAGCGGGAGACGUUUUCAAAGUCCGUGGUGUCUUCAAGGAAUGCCCUUGGUAUUGAAUGGUUUUAUGUGAUAUCACUGGAUGUCAACUCACAGCCUAUGGAGGUUAAUAUUCAACGCGACUAUGAGCGAUUUACUCGUUCGUUGGAACACAUUCCUUUUGUCCUUUCAAGGAAACGUCCACAAGCUGAUGUUAGCGGUCUUCCAGAAACUCGUGCUUUGAAAAGGAUCCGCACAGCAGAACCGGACUUGGAAAGAGAUAUUAGCACUGUAUCGUUGACGGUCAGCGAUAUAUUCGAUUACGGUAGGUUAUCGAUUGCGUAUAGGCGUUCCCUUUGUCCCCCUCUAGUUAUCCUUAACUCCAUCCAUUUCUAGGAUCUCC